AUGAAAAAUCAAUUGAAUAAUAUUAAUAAGUCAGCUUUGCUUGCAAGUUUAAUAUCUGUCAUAAAUUCAAAAUUACCUGAAAUUGGAGAAUUACUUUGUUCGAGAUUAGUCCUACAAUUUAAAAAGAAUUAUAUGGAGAACAACUAUAAGAUUGUGAAGUCAUCAAUUAUAUUCAUUAGCAAUUUAGUCAAAUUUGAAGUAUUAAGUGAGAUUACAAUAUUACAAAUUCUUCAACUAUUCCUAGAUAAUGAUAAAUUAAACAAUACAAGCUUGUCACUUUCUAUUGAAGUUCUUAAAAUUGUUGGUGCUUAUUUAUUUAAAAAUUCCAAAAAAGCAUUAAUUUUAAUUAUUGAUAGAUUGAGAGUAAUCCUACAAGAAAAUACUAAAGUAUCGAGAGAUAACAAGAAAGAAAUAGAUCGUUUAUUAAGAUUAAACAGAUCAAACUUUAAGCAUGUACAUAUAAUAGAAGAAGGGCUAGAUUUAGUUGAAGAUGAGGAUAAAGAAAUUCAUGAUAUUGCAUUAAAUGAAGAUAUAGAAAGUCUGGACCACUUGAAUUAUUACUGUGAGGAUGACAAAUAUAGUGAGAAUGAGGAGAAAUAUAAUUCAAUGAUUGAGGAGAUAUUAGAAGAAAGUGAAGAUGAAAAAGAAGACGAAAAACAAGUAGUCAAAAAAGAAGACAAAGUUGUCAUUACAGACAUGUCCAAAUCUGAAUUAUUAGAAGUACAGAAAUUAGUGUAUCUAACUAUUAUGUCAUCUAUGUCAUCAGAUGAAGCAGUUCAUAAAUUAUUAAAAUUGUGUCAAACUAAACAAAUCUCUAAUGAUGAUAUUUUAAUCGAUAUGAUUAUAAAAUGUUGUAGUACCGAAAAGACAUAUUCAAAGUUUUAUAGUCAAAUUGCCAUCAAGUUGAUUAAUAAGAAUAAGAAAUGGCACAAAUUAUUUAUACAAUUUUUCAAAUCGUAUUAUGAAAAAAUUGAAAAUUUUGAUUCUCAACAAUUAAGGAAUUUAGGCAAGUUCUUUGGUAAUUUAUUUGCAAGUGAUUCAAUAGAUUUAACUUUAGCUUGGAAUGAAAUUAAAUUAAAUGAGGAAAAUACCAAUCCACCAAAAAGAAUUAUGUUGAAAUUUAUAUUUCAAGAAAUGAUAGAAGAGUUGGGUAUAAAUGAAGUUAAGGAACGAUUGAUAAAUGAUGACUAUUUGACACCACACAUUACUGGAAUUUUUCCCGUUGUUAAUGUUGAUUAUAAUGAUGAGGAUUUAGGUGAUGAUUUAAGAUUUUCAAUUAAUUAUUUCACUGCCAUUGGAUUAGGUGUAUUAACUGAUGAGAUGAGAGAAGUGUUGAAAGAUGUAGAAGAGAAUUAUGAAAGAGGUAGAUCAAGAAGUAGAAGUAGUAGUAGAUCCAGUUAUUCAAGAAGUAUUGGUUCAAAUGAAAGUUUUUCUAGAUCAAGGUCUAGACUGAGAUCAAAAAGUAGAGGUCAAUCAUUUUCAAGAUCACCUUCUCCAAGGGGUCGACAAUCAAGCAAUGAGAAUAAUGUAACAUUAUCACGGACACCAUGUAGGGAAUUAGCAAAAGGUAGUAAAAGAUCAAGAACACCAUCUCGUGAAUCAUCUAAUAUCAAAAGACAGACUUUAAGAAAUGUAUUGAGUGAAUUGAAGUGA